UAACCCAAAUCAAGCAGAUUGGUAGCCAGGAAAUUGAGUGCACUGACGAAAUGAAGAGAGUACAUGUGGGCGGUGAGGAAUCAGGUUCCUCCUCUUCCGUCUCUCCUCCCACGACAAAAUGAAUCGGUUGCUGGGCCUGGGUGGGAUGGAUGGUGAGGUCAGCGAGACCGUCACUUGUCAACAAAGAGAGCAGAGCGCCAUCUUCUCCGCGCGGCCGGCCAGGCCAGCUAGCCGCCAUAGCAAGCUAGGCCGAAGCAGAGGAUCUAACAGAGCGGGGAAAAGAAAAGAGGAGUAAUGGCCAAGGUCCACCCCAACGCCGCGGGGUCCGUCGUUGCCACAGCAGCAGCAGUAGGCCGGGCCCCGGCGGAGGCUGAUGGAGAGCCGUCCACUGUGCUGACGGUGUGGCGCAAGUCGCUGCUCUUCAACUGCGACGGCUUCACUGUCUACGACGCCAGCGGCGACCUGGCCUUCCGCGUCGACUGCUACGCCGGCUCCACCCGGCGCUGGCGCCGCGCCGGCGUCGUGCUCAUGGACGCCAGCGGGAAGCCGCUCCUCACCGUGCGCCGCAAGACGCGGCUCGGCCUCGCGGAGCGCUGGGUCAUCUACGACGCCGACGCCGACGACGGCACGACGACGACGGCCAGGGCCACGCCGCUGCUCUCCGUCCGCCGCCGCAUCGGCGCGUGCUGCAAGACGCUGGCGCUCGCCCACUCCGCGGCCGCGGGCACCGACGACGCGGCGGCGGCGGCUGCACUGUCGUACGUGGUGGAGGGCUCCUACGGGCGGCGCGCCUGCGCGGUGCGUGAGGAGCGCGGGGGCGCCGUCGUCGCGGAGGUGCAGAGGAAGGAGGCCGUCGGCGACGACGUGUUCCGCCUCGUCGUGGCGGGGUCACGUCUCGGCGCGCCGCUUUCCAUGGCGCUCGUCAUCGCCCUCGACGACAUGUUCCGCGGCGGGGCCGGCGGCGGCGGCUGGUCGACGACGCGGUCGUUGCUACGCAGGAAGAAUUCGUCCAUGGCUAUAUAGAAUGGCUAUAUAGAAUAGGAGAAUUUUGCAAACAUGGGACCGUCUACCAGACUUUUGGCACCACGGUCGGUCGUGGCAAUUGAAAGCGUGACAUCAAAAUCUCCCUCAUUUUGAAUA